AUGGCUGACGAUCCUUCCAAGGCGAUCAAGACCGAUGACGCGGCAACCGCGAUCCUGCGCCCCAAGAAGAGGUGCGUCCGCCACUUGGCUCGGGUCCUUGUGACUUGAGGCGUGCUGCGUGACUCGUGCACCCAUCACAGCAACUGACCUUGAUGAACUGCUCCUCUGGCCCGUGGUUCGAAUUGCAGUCCCAACCGUUUGAUCGUCGAUGAAUCGUCGUCGGAUGACAACUCGGUCGCGUCGCUCCACCCGGCAACGAUGGAGACGCUGCAGCUCUUCCGCGGCGACACCAUCAUUGUGCGAGGCAAGAAGCGCAAGGACACAGGUCAGUCCCUCCUAUCAACUCCCUGACUGCUCUUGUUCGACCUCGCCGUUCGCUGCGGUCGAUCGUGUACGUGGCCGAACCCCCGAACCGAUCGGCGCGGGCCAGGUGGCGCCCCGAAAGGAAGGUGCUCGAAGAAGUCAAAGGCUGUUGUCAUUUCAGGACCACUGGUAUCGUGCUUCCAUGUAUGAAGCUGAGCACUAUCUAGUAUGGGCAACUUUGGAGCGAUGGGUUCGGGUCUCAUCCGUGGCCGGGUCUCGCUACACCAGCGCCCACUUUGCCGGUCCGGCUGCGUGCGUGCCAAAUUGCUGACAAUGCCAUUUACCUCCUCGCCCCGUGCUCCCACCCUUGUCGCCCAAUCUCCCUGAUCUGCACCACAGUCCUCAUCGUCCUGUCCUCUGACGAUGUCGAGGAAGGCAAGAUCCACAUCAACAAGGGUACGUACCCAGUUUCGAGGAGGACCACGCACGAGGUUGGCAUGGCAACUGAUUGCGCGGCCCACGCUCUUUCCCAACCGCAGUCGCACGCAACAACCUCCGUGUCAAGCUCGGAGACAUCGCCUCGGUCCACGCUUGCCAUGACAUCAAGUAUGGCAAACGCAUCCAUGUCUUGCCGUUCGACGAUUCGAUCGAGGGUCAGUCGCUGCCCCCUUCCCCACCUCCCCAUGCGCUCUUGGUCGCAUUGACCACCUUAGACCAAGAGCUAACGCGGCCUCUCCUUCAAUCUUGCACCAUCUCAGGUCUCACGGGUGACAUCUUCAACGUAUUCCUCAAGCCCUACUUCCUCGAGGCGUACCGACCCGUCCGAAAGGGCGAUACCUUCCUCGCCAAGGGUGCCGCAAGGUUCGUGCUAAAGCUUACGGAAGCCUGUCUUGGGUUUGGGUUCAGGCAUAUGAAACUGACCAAGCGCUUACUGUGAUGUGCAACAUCGACUCACAGGAGUGUCGAGUUCAAGGUCGUUGAGACCGACCCGGCCGAAUACUGCAUCGUCGCACAAGACACCGUCAUCCACACCGAGGGUGACCCAAUCAAGCGAGAAGAUGAGGAGGGUAACCUCGCCGAUGUCGGCUACGACGACAUUGGUGGCUGCCGCAAGCAAAUGGCCCAGAUCCGUGAGCUUGUCGAGUUGCCGUUACGCCACCCCCAGCUGUUCAAGUCAAUCGGUAUCAAGCCCCCGCGUGGUAUUCUCAUGUUCGGACCGCCCGGUACCGGAAAGACGCUCAUGGCACGUGCGGUCGCCAACGAGACUGGCGCCUUCUUCUUCCUGAUCAACGGUCCCGAGAUCAUGUCCAAGAUGGCCGGUGACUCGGAGAGCAACCUGAGGAAGGCCUUUGAGGAGGCCGAGAAAAACGCACCCGCCAUCAUCUUUAUCGACGAAAUCGACUCGAUCGCUCCCAAGCGUGACAAGACCAACGGUGAAGUCGAGCGACGAGUCGUCUCCCAAUUGCUCACGCUCAUGGACGGCAUGAAGGCACGGUCCAACAUCGUCGUCAUGGCCGCUACCAACCGACCCAACUCGAUCGACCCCGCUCUCCGUCGUUUCGGUCGCUUCGAUCGUGAGGUUGACAUCGGUAUCCCCGAUGCCACCGGUCGAUUGGAGAUCUUGCGCAUCCACACCAAGAACAUGAAGCUCGCUGAUGACGUCGACCUCGAGAAGGUGAGCUCACCCUCGGGAGGUAUGAUCCACAUCGCUGUGUGCUGAUCUGCUUGUUUUACCACUCCCUUUUAGAUCGCUGCCGACACACAUGGUUACGUCGGUUCCGAUGUGGCGUCGCUCUGCUCCGAGGCGGCUAUGCAACAGAUCCGUGAAAAAAUGGACCUGAUCGACCUCGAAGAGGACACGAUCGACGCCGAGGUGCUCGACUCGCUCGGUAUCACCAUGGACAACUUCCGCUUCGCUCUCGGCACCUCGAACCCGUCGGCGUUGCGCGAGACCGUUGUCGAGAUUCCGACCGUCACCUGGGACGAUGUCGGAGGCCUCGAGAAGGUCAAGAUCGAGCUGCAAGAGACCGUGCAAUACCCCGUCGAGCACCCCGAAAAGUUCCUCAAGUACGGCAUGUCACCGUCCAAGGGUGUUUUGUUCUACGGUCCCCCUGGGACGGGUAAGACCUUGCUCGCCAAGGCGAUCGCGCACGAGUGCCAGGCCAACUUCAUCUCGAUCAAGGGUCCCGAGCUUUUGACAAUGUGGUUCGGUGAAUCCGAAGCCAACGUCCGUGACGUGUUCGACAAGGCUCGUGCUGCCGCGCCCGUCGUUAUGUUCUUCGACGAGUUGGAUUCGAUCGCAAAGGCGCGUGGUGGAGGAGGAGGAGACGCCGGUGGUGCCGGUGACCGUGUGUUGAACCAGAUCCUCACCGAGAUGGACGGCAUGAACGCCAAGAAGAACGUGUUCAUCAUCGGCGCAACGAACCGACCGGACCAGAUCGACUCGGCGCUCCUCCGUCCCGGACGUCUCGAUCAGCUCAUCUACAUCCCCCUCCCCGACGAGCCCUCGCGAAUUUCGAUUCUCAAGGCCGCGCUCAAGCGCUCGCCGAUUGCCAAGGAUGUCGACCUCAACUUCUUGGCCAAGAACACCCACGGCUUCUCCGGUGCCGAUUUGACCGAGAUCUGCCAGCGUGCCGCCAAGCUCGCGAUCCGUGCUUCGAUCGAGGCCGACAUGAAGGCCGACCGCGAACGCAAGGCCAAGGCCGCGACAAUGUCCGAGGAGGAGCAAGCUGCCGCCGCCGAAGCCGACGCCGCCAUGGACGUUGCUGAGGAGGACGACCCGGUGCCCGAGAUCACGCGUGCCCACUUCGAGGAGGCCAUGUCGUUCGCCCGUCGCUCGGUCAACGACCAGGACAUUCGCCGCUACGAGCUGUUCGCGCAAAACUUGCAGCAAUCGAGAGGGUUCGGUUCGUCGUUCAAGUUCCCCGACUCGGCCGAGGCGACCGGUGCGGACGCAGGAGCUGGUGGAGCCGCGUUCACUCAGCCCGAGGAGGAGGAUGACCUCUACUCGUGA